AUGGCGACAGCAGGUGGGUUCUUCCCUCCAGACUCGGGCCGGGAUGAUCACACGGACGCCACCGAGUUCGCGAGUCUCAACGGCGACGUGCGGCUCCUCACCCCCGACGCCGUAGAGGGCUGGUCGGACCUGGUGCACUGCCCCUCGCAGCGCCUGCUUGACCGCCUGGUCCGUCGCUACGCCGAGACCAAGGACUCGGGCAGCUUCCUGCUGCGCAACCUGAAGGACUCGGAGCGCAUGCAGCUCCUCAUCACCCUCGCCUUCAACCCCGAGCCGCUGGUGCUGCAGGGAAGAAGUUUUCCAUCUGAUGAGGGUUGGCCAUUCGCAAAGUACUUGGGAGCAUGCGGAAGGAUGGUGGCUGUCAAUUACGUUGGAGAAGAGCUGUGGAGUUACUUUAAUGCACCAUGGGAGAAACGAGUGGAUCUGGCCUGGCAAUUAAUGGAAAUAGCUGAGCAGCUGACAAAUAAUGACUUUGAAUUUGCACUCUACCUCCUUGAUGUCAGCUUUGACAACUUUGCAGUUGGACCAAGAGAUGGGAAAGUAAUUAUUGUAGAUGCAGAAAACGUUCUGGUUGCAGACAAAAGGUUAAUCAGACAGAAUAAACCUGAAAACUGGGAUGUAUGGUAUGAAAGCAAAUUUGAUGACUGUGAUAAAGAAGCUUGUCUGUCGUUCUCAAAAGAGAUUCUUUGUGCUCGUGUCACUGUGGACCACAAUUAUUAUGCUAUUUGUCAGAACCUUUUAUCAAGACAUGCCACAUGGCGUGGCACAUCUGGAGGACUGCUGCAUGACCCCCCAGCUGAAAUUGCCAAAGACGGCCGACUUGAGGCCUUGCUGGAUGAGUGUGCCAACCCAAAGAAGCGAUAUGGGAGAUUCCAAGCAGCAAAAGAACUGCGUGAAUACCUUGCACAGUUGAGUAACAACGUGAGGUAG